ACCUCCUCCCUAUCCCAAAGCGGAUUCAGAUCGCGCCGCUCAUACCCAUCGCUGCACCAAGUUUCGCUCGCUCCACUCACGCCGCGCUUCCCAAUUGACGAUGACGGCGAUGGUGACGACGAUGGCGGAGCAGAACCCCAGGAUUACUUCUCGCCGCGAAACGAGCCUGUCGUCGACACCCCACCCAGGACCUCGUAUCUAUCCAGCUACUCUGUCCCGGGGACCCCAGGCGUCCUGUCUCAUUCUCACUCCCGCAGUGGCUCCCGCGUCCGACACCCCAACCGGAGUCAGAGCUCAACAACACCGGCGACUACGCAUCUAAGCGACCCCAACCUCCAGGCACAAGACGCCAACCAACCGCUUCAUCACCACGCCGACAGCCAGGGCAAUGGUGCCAAAUCGAACCGCCCGGCUUCUCUACGCCAACAUACAUCCGACCCCCGCCACACCCGCCACCGCAACAACAACAACCACAGCAAUAACCACGUCCGCGACUCGGAAUGGAUGCUCCGCGCCGGGAUCGCACUGGCGUCUUCCGCCCGCGAAGAAAAAGGCCAAAGCUGGCUUGUGAAACGCGAGAGCUCGACCAGUCUGGUCUCGGAGGGGAACAAUGGUAGUGGCGGUAACAGUCGACGGUCGAGAUCCGGACGGUCAACUCCAGCCGCAACGGGGUCGCGGCGCGCAUCACGAUCCCGUCCGAGCAGUCGGCAAACCAGCCGGCCAGAUCUCGCGAUGACGAGCUUGGAAAUGACCGCGCCCACGCCGACCGCAGUUCCCAACGUUGGGGUUGGCGGGCUCCGGGCCUCGACAGAAGACGACGACGACGACGACGACGACGACGACGAAGUAGACUCGUCGUCCCUCGGUCCAGAUUUCGUGGACGAGCAAGUCCGCGCUGAGAUGCGGACUGUCCGGCAGGAACAGCAGCAGCAGCAGCAGCAGGAAGAGGAGGAUGAUUCCUCGGGAUCAAACGAAUACUGGGACUCCGAAGUGGACGAGGAAGACGAGAUGGACGAACACGAGUUGCAGCGGUUAACUCGAGAGCGGGGGUUCGGACUGGGAAGCUGGGUUGAUAGAAUGGUAGAGUGGACGUUAUUCGGUGUUGAUGAGUGGCCAUUAUCUGCGACGACGGCACCACCACCAGCACUAACCACAUCAACCACAUCAACCACAGCAACAACAACGCAGUCCAUCGAAUCAACAACACCAUCAUCAGUCCCUGGAGCACCCGACGCGCAAGACAACAGCAGCAUGCCAGAUACCAAUUCCGAGAUCCUCCCACUAUCCAGCGAGAAAGCCGGAGAACGUGGAGGAUGGGAAGACGCAGGAUGGCUAUUCCGCGCGAUGAAAAGAGCAUGGAUGUAA